AUGUUAACAAUGAUGGUUUCGUCACGAUUUCAACUUGUUUUUCUCUUCUUGUUCUGUACUGUUUGCGUCGGAGAAGAACGAGAUAUAUAUCUGGUAUUGGUGGAGGGUGAUCCACCCGUUGCGUUUUUUCAAGAUAGGAUGAGUUACAAUGAAGUGUUGAAGGCUCAUGCAAAGCACUUGGAAGCAUCCCAUGAUCAACUUCUACAAAGCACUUUAGAAGAAGGAGCUUACAACAAGCUUUAUACCUUCAGCCACAUUGUCAAUGGCUUUUCUGUCCAUACUACCCCUACUCAGGCCAACAAGUUAAAAAAUGCACCUGGAGUGAGACUUGUGGAGAAAGAUAGAGGAGCUAAAAUGAUGACAACUUAUACCCCUAAAUUUUUAGGGUUACCCGAAGGAGUUUGGACGACGGAAGGAGGCGGUAGCAACGUCGGAGAAGGGAUCGUGAUCGGUUUUGUUGACUCGGGUAUCAAUCCGUUCCACCCGAGCUUCGCGUACGAUCCGAGGGAUCGGUACCCGAGCAAUCGAACUCGGUUUCUCAGGGUUUGUGAUGAGGGGCCUCAUUUUCCCAAGAGUUCAUGCAAUGGGAAGAUAGUUUCAGCAAGGUUUUUUGCAGCUGGUGCACAAGCAAGGGGAUUUAUUAAUGCCUCAAUAGAUAUCUUGUCUCCUUUUGAUGCAGUUGGACAUGGCAGUCACGUAGCAUCAACGGCUGCCGGAAACCACGGAGUUCCGGUGGUUGUCAAUGGUUUCUACUAUGGACGAGCCAGCGGGAUGGCGCCACGUGCACGAAUUGCUGUUUACAAAGCUAUAUAUCCAAGUGGAGGAACUGCAACAGAUGUUCUUGCAGCAAUUGAUCAGGCGACGAAGGAUGGAGUUGAUAUCUUAACGCUCUCCAUCGGCCCAGAUGAACCACCACAGAAUAGACUAACCGUCUUAAGCAUGUUUGACAUAUUUAUGUUGUUUGCGCGCAAGGCUGGAGUUGUUGUGGCUCAAGCCGUUGGGAACCAUGGUCCAGGCCCAUACACAACUGUUUCGUACGGUCCGUGGGCUGUCGGGGUGGCUGCUUGCGACACCGACAGAGCCUACCCUAGUUCGCUCGUUCUUGGAAAUGGCAUGAGAAUCGGUGGAAUUGGAUUAUCAGGACCGAGCUUUGGAGAAGGGUUACUACAAUAUAAGUUGGUUUUAGCAAAAGAUGCGAUCUUGGCACACGGAGAUUUUCCGAGGACUCCGGAUUUCAUAGAUGAAUGUCAACAUCCAGAGGCACUAGACCCUGUAAUCGUGCAAGGAAGUGUUGUUAUAUGCACGUUUUCCGCAGGGUUUCUUAACGGGUCUUCAAAUCUAAAGACCAUAAUCAACACGGCUAGGAUCCUAGGGUUCAUGGGUUUCGUGUUCGUUGCUAAUCCUACUUAUGGCGAUUUCAUAGCCGAGCCUUAUCCGUUCUCUAUUCCUGGAAUAAUGAUCCUGAAAGCUAGUGAUACACAGAUUAUAUUAGACUACUACGAGAAACAAACGGAAAGAAACGAUAAAGGAGUUGUAAUGGCGUACCAUGGGCGAGCAGCAAUACGAGAAGGAAGAAUUGCUACCUACAAUGAGAAAUCUCCGGUGGUUAGCAGAUUUUCAUCGAGAGGACCAAACUUCAUCGAUGUCAAAAGAAACCCGACAGAUUUGCUGAAGCCUGACAUUUUAGCUCCUGGCCACCAGAUUUGGGCUGCUUGGAGUCCCAUGAGUGUCCAAGAUCCCAUUUUGAAAGGUUCGAACUUUGGAUUGGUUUCGGGUACAAGUAUGGCGACGCCUCAUAUUGCCGGGGUAGCUGCAUUGAUCAAGCAACGGAAUCCUUCAUGGUCACCAUCGAUGAUUGCUUCUGCAUUGGCAACCACUGCAACCACCCAUGACAACCAUGGGGAACCAUUAAUGGCUCAAGGAUCCGAACUCUACAGAUUGAUCCGUUCUACGCCUUUCGAUCAUGGUGCGGGUCUAGUUAAUCCCUCCCAAGCCAUCGAUCCUGGCCUCGUUCUUACGUCAGGUUUUGAAGACUACAUGAGUUUCUUGUGCUCAUUGCCGAACACUGAUCCGGAGAUCAUCAAGACCGCAAUCGGUGAACCAUGCACCAACUCGUUCCAUGCACCAUCAGACCUAAACAUCCCUUCGCUAACCAUUUCGGCACUCGCGGGAUCGCAGUUGGUAAGAAGGUCUUUCAAGAAUGUCGCUGGAAAGGUGGAGACGUAUGUGUGUGCGGUGGUGCCGCCUAAUGGAGUGGCGGUCGAAUUACACCCGCCAUGGUUCACCAUUGGUCCGGAUGGUACCCAAGAUGUGGAAGUGAAACUUAACGUUACACAAGUACAAGAUACGUUUAGCUAUGGUGAGAUUGUAUUAACAGGAAGUUUGAAACACAUCGUAAGGAUACCGCUCUCUAUAUUACCCGUCUCCUUGUCAUAA